AUGGGUCAUCCAGGUGCAUACAUGGGCUGGUGGGGUUCUAUGGGAUCCCCAAAGCAAAAGAGAAUUACUAUCCAUUCUGUUUCUCCAUACGCUCAAUCCCCUCUACACGGUUCUGUCAACAGAGCUAUCUUCAACUCUUUCAGAAGAUUCAAGUCUCAAGUUUUAUACAUUGCUCUUCCAUUUGCAAUUGUUUGGUCUGUUUGGACCGAAGCUAGAGACUACAAUGAAUACUUAUACACCAAGGCGGGUAGAGAAGAAUUAGAAAGAGUUAACGUUUAA